AUUUAAUGAUUCCCUCAACAUCAGGACAUGCAUAUAACAUGAAUUUAAAUAAAAACAUGUUUAGAAUUAAUGGUCCUUGUUAUUACGCAAAAUAUGAGAUAGUGGUGGUCACAAAUGUGUGAUGCUGCUAGCGAAAUAUGUAUGAAAAAGAAAAACGUCAUUGCACUGAACAUACAAUUUGUAACAAUUCGCAGGUGUUAAUGCAUAAUAUGUCGAUGACAGCAAGUAAAUACAUUCCGAACACAAAUUAUAUACUUUUCGAGAAUAGAUAAUAUUGUUUUCAACGCGAGAAGGGAAGCUGCUGAAUAUCGAUUUACAAGUUGAUACUAGUGUCAGCUGAGUGAUCCUGUAUUAUAGUCUACAAAUGCUCGAGGAGAUUGAAAUACCCACGCAAAUUGAAAAAUAUAAACAGUGCUCGUCUGGAUAAGAAACAAUAGUAAUUAUCAUGACAGAAGAAGUAAAUCGACUGACUACUUAUUUCAAAGAAUCACUGAAGCCCGUCGCCAAAACGAAUGUGUUAGAAUGCAGAGUCUGCGAAGAAGUAUUUUCUAUUGACGGAGUAAAGGUUCCAAGGCUUUUAUAUUGUGGUCAUACAGUAUGUCACUCUUGUCUAUUGCGAUUAAGGCCUUGCAUGACCGAUCAGCAGAUCCUGUUAUGUCCAUUCGACAGACAACCAACGGAUAUUAGUCAGAAUAAUAUCUAUGGUUUGAAGAAGAACUUUGCAUUAAUAGAGUUAUUGGAAAGGUUGGAACAAUCUAAUAGUGAAAAGAUGCUGGUAUUGGAAAGAGAGAGGCUUCAAUCUAAUCAGACCUGCGAUGAAGAUGAAGCUCACACUGCAGUGUUAUAUUGCACAGUGUGUACAACACACUUGUGUGAGAAUUGCGACAAUACAAUUCAUUCAUCGAAAACUCUAAGUAGGCAUAAAAGGUUGCCACUAUCACAAAAACCUAAGGACAAGCCAAAGUGCCCAGUGCAUCCCACACACACAGCAGAAUUCACCUGUACCCAAGAAGGCUGUCAUAAUUCCCUUAUGUGUUACCUGUGCAAAGACUAUGGCAGACAUAGUACACAUAAGUUAGCCCUAGUGGAAAUUGAGGCAGAAAAUAUCAGGAAGUCAAUAAUCACAGCUCUCCAGAAGAUGACACAGUUUAUGGAGAGCAUGAGGGACACUGCAAACAGAAUAGAGACCGUAAUACAAGACUUGGAAGGCUGGGCAAUAGAUGACGCGAGGCAAAGAGUGCGUCAACACUUUGAGGAAUUAAGAGCCCUGUUAGCAGAGCAGGAGAGAACAGCAAUUUCCUGUGUAGAAACGGAAACUCGUGGAAGGCUGUGUGCCCUAAGGCAACAACAAGAAGACCUCACUGUGACUAGAUCUCAAGUAGCCGAUGUGUGCAUUCAAUGCGAAAGUAUUUUAGAUUCUGAAGACUGGAAACUAUUGAGCAGUGCGACGAAGGUGAAGGAAGUUUUAACUAGUUUAGAACAACAACAACAGCACUAUGCUCAAUUGGGUCCUGACUUUCUCACACCCGAGUCAUCUAUACCCAUAAUAUUCAGCAGGGACAAUAGAGUACACAUUGGUACAAAAAUUGACAUGCGUGUAGUGAUUUUGGGUCUGGAUGGAGCAGGAAAAACAAGUAUUCUAUCAGCGAUAAGAGGUAUCACGCUUUCCAGCCCGCCAAUCCCUACCAUAGGGUUCAACGUGGAAAGUCUGGAAUACAAAAAUUUAGUGUUCACAUUGUGGGACGUUGGAGGCCAACAGAAAUUCAGACCAUUGUGGAAACAUUAUUAUCAUAAUACACAGGCUGUCAUCUUCGUAGUUGACGCCAGUGAUAGAUCGAGAUUCGAAGAAGCGCAGAAUGAACUAUCUAAAAUUGUAAAUGAACGUGAACUAAAGGAUGCUCUCUUUCUUAUAUAUGCUAACAAGCAGGACAUAACUGGCUGUGCCAGUGUUGAAGAACUAACAGACAUUCUAGGCUUGCAAAAGCUCUGCUGCGGAAGAGCCUGGCACAUUCAAGGAUCGUCACUAGUCACAAAUGCUGGAGGAUCGACGCAAGGUCUUGACUGGCUAACGCAACCUGGUGCUCAUGAAACUCUGUACACGAUAUCCACGUUAUCAUAAAGACGCAGAUCAAAAUGAUUAGUCAUUUUCCUUCGAUUUUUCAUUCUCAAUGUAUCUCUGAACUAGUAACUCGUGUACAGAUGAGAAAUUUUGGAUUCCGCGAUACUCUAACCGCUUGGUGGUGACGAAAGCGAUCAAAAAGUCGUACUCGCGUUUGAUAUAAUGUAAACCUCGUCGAUUAGGACAGAUUAGUAGUCAUGAAUAAAAGAAUAAACGUUUCG